UGGAUAUCGUCUAUAUAAGGCGUCUUUAUUUCAGUCUAAGGCACAUGCAAGUCUGUGCAUACCACCGAAGACACAAGCAUGUUCAAUAUUGCUGUCGUGCUGGGUCUGUGCUGUAUUGCAGUCACUCAAGGUUUUCGAUGGCCACCACCGUGCAAAAAGCCACCCUGUAAGCAUGGGUACGGUUAUGGCGGCGGCGGCAUGGGCGGUGGGAUUGGCGGCGGCUGGGGCGGUGGUAUUGGCGGCGGCAUCGGCGGUGGUAUUGGCGGCGGCAUCGGCGGAGGUAUCGGUGGUGGAAUGGGCGGUGGGUAUGGCGGUGGGUAUGGCGGUGGGUAUGGCGGUGGGUAUGGCGGAGGCGACUACGAUGAUAUGGACGAAGGAUACGGCGGGGGAAUAAUGGGCGGCAUGGGAGGAUAUUCCGGGGGUGGUCUGUAUGGCGGGUCUGGCGGUGGGUGGAUGGGGUCUGGCGGCUCGUGGGGUGGGUCUGGCGGUGGGUGGAUGGGGUCUGGCGGCUCGUGGGGUGGGUCUGGCGGUGGAUGGGGAGGAUCUGGCGGCGGGUGGGGUGGCUCGAUCGGCAGAAGGUGUGAGUGUCGUAGGUUCUGCUACUUCAACGAGCGCCAAGUGGGCCGCUGCCAGAAAUGGAACUGCAAGAAGUGCGUGUUAUGCUGCAAGAACAGCAAAUAUUAAACGGGCUUCGCACUGACAAGGCUAGCUUUGAAGAUGAAGGGCGAUGUCUGCACGGAUAAAAAACGGCUGUACUAGAUAUGUUAUAUUUGGUUAUCCGUAUAAUGUAAUCGAGCAUUCAAAAAUAAAAAUAAAUUUACAAUUGCAUUGAAA